GCAGACUUCUCCGAACUCCAAGAAUGCGUGCUUGGCCUCAAAUCCGAGCUCUCCGAGGAGCAACGGCUGCAAAUCUGGAAGCUGAGCUACCGGAUCUGGAACACCUGCGUGGAUAUCGCCAGCAGCAUCCAGCAACAGCAGCAGCAGCAGCCGCCAGGCCGCGCAGCGGUGGAUUCCUCGGCGGAAUACCACGCUCGGCUUCGUCAGAUCGCGAGCGAGAUGCUCUUCUUGGCAUCUACCCGGUGGAGCACUCUCAAGAUGGCCAGCUGUGCGUGAUCUCUUUACGGGUGCUAGUUUGUUUGCUCGAGGUUGAACUGGAGUACUGCCAACAUGACACUGAUCAUGAAAGAUGGACUCUCUGCAUUGUUCCAAAGCUUCGUUAAUUUGAGAUUUGGUUAUUGCAGAGGUCCUCAUAA